AUGCCGCCAAAACGCAAGCUUCAGUCGGCGGCUGAGGUGGAGGCAGAGGAUGCGUGGGACGAUGACGUCGGCGUUAUGAGUGACCAGGAGACGUUCGACACGUUGAAGGACCAGUUCGAUGUGAAAGCUAUGACGAAAAGGGCGCGGCAGGGCCGGCCUCAAGAUGCAGCUGCGCAUUUGUUCAGGAAAUCCGACCAGUCGAACGCACCCAUGAAAGCAGACCAGCAGAAUCGCCCACUAUGGAUCAACGAUGCGGGCGGUAUCAUCAUCGAGUCUUUCCAUCCUCUCUUUGAUGAGGCGCAAGACUUCCUGAUCAACAUUGCUGAACCACAGUCGCGUGUAUCCAAAAUGCAUGAGUAUCAGCUUACCACGCAUAGUCUUUUCGCAGCCGUCAGUGUCGGCCACUCCAGUCAGGAGAUCAUCGACAAGCUCGACAAGUACUCGAAGACGGCCUUGUCUGAUUCAAUCAUUCAGUUCAUUGAGAGGUCCACCUCGGCUUUCGGAAAGGCAAAGAUUGUGUUGAAGAAGACGCUCUCCUUCAUCGAAAGUGAAGACCCCACUAUUCUCAACAAACUUCUCCGUGAUCCUAUAGUCGCCGAAUGCAGAGCAGACCAGACGGAUGGCUUGAUCAAGGAGGCUGCGCCGAAGAUUGGGCAGAUGGCGAUUCCAGGCACCAAACUCGCUGCUGGGGCCAACCAGAUUGCACAGCCAUCUGGUGCCGAGCCAGCACCGGCCGACAUGAUUGCAACACUACGGGAGGAUGAUGACGACGACGAGGUGGCCCAAGUCCACUCUUUCCAAAUCAAAAGUGAUGAGAGAGAACGGGUCGUCAAGCGUUGUCGCGCUAUAGGCCUCCCUCUAACAGAAGAGUACGAUUUCAACAACGACAUGAAGAAUCCCAACCUCGAGAUCGAUCUCAAGCCGCACGCUCAGAUUCGUUACUACCAAGAGAAAGCACUGAGUAAGAUGUUUUCGAACUCUCGAGCACGAUCCGGCAUCAUUGUCCUACCUUGUGGCGCAGGAAAGACGCUCGUCGGUAUCACAGCAGCUUGCGGUGUGAAGAAGUCGGUCAUCGUCCUCUGCACAAGUGCGAUGAGUGUUGUGCAAUGGAGAGCCGAGUUCAUCAAGUGGUCGAACAUCAAUCCUGAAGACAUCGCCGUCUUUACAGCAGACAACAAGAACGUCUUCCCUCGCAACGCUGGCAUUAUCAUCAGUACAUACUCCAUGAUCAGUACCGUCCAGAAACGGUCACACGACGCUGAGAAGGUCAUGAACUUUAUCAAAGAGAGGGAAUGGGGCCUGCUCAUUGCCGAUGAAGUUCACGUCGUACCUGCCAAUAUCUUCAAGAAGGUCACUUAUCAGAUCGCAUCACACGCAAAGCUCGGGCUCACUGCUACUUUGCUGCGAGAAGACGACAAGAUCGAUGAUUUAAACUUCCUGGUGGGUCCCAAGCUGUACGAAGCUAAUUGGCAGGAGCUGUCGGAACAAGGCCAUAUUGCCCGGGUGCAGUGUGCAGAAGUGUGGUGUCAAAUGACCCCUGAGUUCUACCAAGAGUGGCUGAAACCAGCGUCACUGCAGAAACGCGCAUUGCUGUCCAUCAUGAACCCACGGAAGUUCCAAGCAUGCCAAUUUCUCAUCGACUAUCACGAGUCGCGAGGCGACAAGAUCAUAGUAUUUUCCGACAAUGUCUAUGCUUUGGAGAAAUACUCUCGCAAGCUCGGGAAGGCGUACAUUUACGGCGCAACACCACAAGCCGAGCGUCUCCGCAUCCUCGAAAACUUCCAGCACAAUCCUUUGGUGAAUACCAUAUUUCUUUCCAAGAUCGGAGACACCAGUCUGGACCUGCCAGAGGCCACCUGUCUUAUCCAAAUAUCUUCUCACUACGGCUCACGUAGGCAAGAAGCUCAACGGUUGGGUCGCAUUCUGAGAGCGAAGAGGAGGAACGAUGAAGGCUUCAACGCAUUCUUCUACUCUCUCGUCUCCAAGGAUACAGAUGAGAUGUUCUACUCUUCCAAACGACAAGCCUUCCUCGUGGAUCAAGGUUACGCUUUCAAAGUCAUUACUCGCCUUGAAGGUCUCGACUCACACUCCGGUCUCGCCUUCGCGACACCGCAGGAAAGACGUGAGCUGCUCAUGGAUGUUUUGCUGGCAAAGGACGAGGACGCGAGAACAGAGAAUAUUCAAGGCGAUGCGUUUGGAUCCAAGUACGCUUCCGGGAUGGGUAAGAAGAAAGGUGGUGUUCGCAGAACUGCAGGCGCGCUCAGCGAAUACUCGGGUGGACAAGACAUGGCGUAUCUGGAGACGAACAAAAGCAGAAACAAGGAGCUCAAAGGCACAAAGGGCAUCAAAAACACUUUCCUCAAGAGCAUGGCCAGAUCUACAAAGAAGUAG